UGGACAGGGGAAAGGAGGCUUGCAGGGUUUGGCACGCCCGCAUGGACUGCUUAUUUUUCCUUUUAUGGAUAUAUCCCUCUUAUUUGACAUGAACGAGUUUGAGCACUAGCAUCAGUGAACUCCCUGCAACAGUUUUGGCGCCAAACCCAUACUUGUUAUCUCUCUGGAGCCCUUGCACAACAUCCUUAAUUAUAAUUUACUUAUGACUCAAUUACGAUGACGGAGCGAUCACCAACAAUAGCGAAGGCGCGCUUGACCGGGGGGCCAAUUCACGCCAUCGCGUGGAACGCAGACUGCUCUGCUGUCGCAGUAUCACAUGGUGGGAGCGAUGUGGAGAUGUAUGGCGUCUCGACGAACGGCAGCAGCGGCCUCUCUUUCACGAAGACGGCAACGCUCUCAGGACACGGGCAGUUUGUGUCGGGACUGGACUGGAGCACUCGCGGUGACCAGCUGCUGUCCUGCUCACAUGACCGCAACGCGUUUGUCUGGACGAGAGCAGCUGCUUCCCCAGCAGCCAGCCGGGCUGCCUCUGGCGCAGCCGCGUCUACCAGUGGUGGAGGCGGAGGCGGCAGCGGGGCAUGGGAGAAGCAGAUGGUGAUCACGCGCCUCACAAAGGGCGCCCUCUGCGUCAAGUGGAGCCCGUCAGAGGCUAAGUUUGCGAUCGGCAGCGCCGCACGCAAUGUGUGUGUGGGGUACUAUGACCCGGAGUCCAAGUGGUGGGCCUGCAAGCUCAUACGCAAGGCGCACGAGAGCUCUGUGGUGUCAGUGAGCUGGCACCCAAACUCAGUGCUGCUCGCCACCGGCGCCACCGACCGGCGCGUGCGGCUGUUCAACGCCUACGUGCGCGGCUACGAGCCGGACGCACCCGCAGGGGCCUUGCCGGAGGGCUCCUCCUUCGGUGACUGCUUGUUUGAGGUCGCGCACGACGGCUGUGGCUGGGUGCAUUCCGUCACCUUCGCCGCCGCCGCUGCGGGCACCGCCUCUCCAGGCACCUCCGGCGCCUUCCCGCAGCUCCUGUACGCCUCGCACGACUUUACUGUCGGCGUCGUGGACGCCGCUGGCGGCGCCCCGGCCGCGGCGGCGGCGGUGCGGCUGCCGGACGCGGUCCUGCCGCUCAACUGCCUGGCGGUGGUCGUACCGGGGCGGCUAGCUGUAGGCGGCGGCUGGAGCGGCGGUCUGGCGGUGUUGCGCAACAUGGGCAGCGGGUGGCAGCUGGCGGCGACGCUGGGCACCAGGGAUGCGGCGGCCGGGGCCGGAGGCGCCGGGGCUGGGGCUGGGGCGUCAGGAGGUGGUGGUGGUGGUGGCGGCUCUGCUGUGGCGCGGCAGAUUGCGGCGAUGAACCUGAACGCGGUCAACAUGGUGGCGCCAGGCGGCGGCGCGGCGUCGACGGCGGGCGGCUUGGCGACGGCAGGCGCCGGCGGCGGCGAGCAGCCUGGCCAUGGUGGCGCGCUGGUCACGGGGCUGCACGUGCGGCCGGUGGCGGCGGGCGGGGCCGCGCUCGGCGGCGGUCCGCGCUGGCACGUGGCCUCCAGCGGCCUGGACGGCCAAGUGCUGCUGUGGGACCUGUCAGCAUUCAUGUGAACUGGCUGUGAUAAGGGUAAAGGGUGGGGUGGCUGGGAUGAAGGUGUGUGUGUGUGUGUGUGUGUGUGUGUGCGCCUGUACCCCUUUGCAUGCGCGAGCCCAUACGAGUGGCCGCCCUGGAGGCAUUAUUACAUUUGUUUGCGCCCGGGCCCGGGGCUGUGGCGUGCGGUCCGGUCAGCGCUGCGAGGGUUUCUGGUGGGAGGGCCUGCAGUAGGAGUGCGCGGUGGCGUCGGCAGCUUCGCGCGUGAGCCAGCAGAGGGCGCCUUUGAAUCUUGUGAUACACAUGAUGAGUGGAAGGGUGAACACGCAGGCGGAACAGGAGUGUGAUGAACUGUGCGGACAACUCUAAUUGGCAAGGUCUGGAUGAAGUGGAAAAGAUGCCAUUCAAUCCUGCAUGUCGUGGUGCGUGAACAAAGGGAUUGCCAUUUGCCAAGCGUGAGCACAUCGCGCCAGCGCAGCCGGGACGGACCAGUGAUGCUGCUUGUGGGUGUGAUCAGGCCUGGAGUGCCCGGCGUGCGACUGCGAGUGUGCGUGCCUGCGCAUGACUGUCGUCCUGGGGAUGCGCGCCUGCGAGGUGCGUGUGUUCAGUGGCCGGCGUUUGCUACUUGGCUGGCAGGCGAGGGGACAGCACGUGUGCGAUUGCACCACGCAAGGGCGCGUUUCACAGGUGCUGCCGUACAGAUGCGCAGAGGCUGUGGCUGCGGCGGUCUAGCUGCGGUAGGCUGUGUUAUAGGACUUCAGGG